AAUAUUUUNUAUAAAUUUAAUUUUCUACAAAGAAUCAUGAGUCUUAAAUUAUAUUAUGAUUUAUUAUCACAACCAAGUAGAACUCUUUAUAUAUUUUUAAAAAUUUGUGAUAUACCAUUUGAAGCAAAAUUAAUAAAUUUAGCAAAAGGUGAACAAUUUAUAUCAAAAUAUCAAAAUAUUCAUCCUUUUCAAAAAGUACCAGCUAUUGAACACAAUGGUUUUAAUAUGAUAGAAAGUGUUGCAAUUUUGAGAUAUAUCUGUAGAGAAUUUAAGGUAGCUGAUCAUUGGUAUCCUAAAGACUCAAAACUUCAACUUAGAGUUGAUGAAUAUCUUGAAUGGCAUCAUUUAAAUACCAGACAACAUUGUAGUAUGUAUUUUUUUAUGAAGUAUUUGAUGCCAAAAUUAAGUGGACAACCAGUGACACAAGAAAAAAUUAUGAAAUAUGAAAAAAAUAUGAUUGAAAUACUUAAUGUUUUAGAAAAUGUUUGGUUAAAAGACAAAAUUUUUUUAACUGGUUCCGAAAUUAGUAUUGCUGAUAUUCUUGGAGCAUGUGAAGUGGAACAAGUUCGAAUAGUUGGAUAUAAUCCUCAAGAAAAUCGACCUCGUAUAGCUGCAUGGAUGAAAUGUGUUGAAAAUAAAACAAGUCCUUAUUAUCAAGAAGCACAUAUAUUUUUAAACAAGCUUGCAACUAAGACAAAAGAAGAUGCAUUAAAAAGCAAGAUUUAAAAUAUUAUUCAUCAUAUAUGUAUUAGAUGAGUAUAAGAAUUUAAUUGAUUUUAUAUAAUAUAACAUUUUUAAUAUUUUU